AUGACCAGGGAGUCAAUGGAAAUGAAUAAGCAACGUAUUUGGUACAGUAAUACACCUAUUAAAAUGGUGGAUAUAAGUGAGACCUUUGUUGGUAUUGGAAAGAUAGUCAUUAGUGGCCGAGCGCUUUAUAGGUAUAUAGAAGAGACGUACGGCUUAGUCAGUGCUAGUUUGCCUUUGGCUUUGGUAAGAAAGAUUGCCGAGUCUAUUUCUUACAAUCUGAUGAUUGCUGGGUUUAAAGAGAGUUACAUUGUAAUGUUUAGGGAUGAGGAGGAGGAAGGAGCUGUAAGCAUUUGCACUAGGGAGUGUAUUUCUGUCUUAGCAGCUGAUGGCGAUUUGCCGGUGCUGUGGUUCUCUUCAGCACGAAGUAGUGAGUUUGUGAAGUUCUUGAAGGACGAGCAUAUUUGCUUAGUAACAGCUUACCACGAUGAUCGAUCGUUGGCUUUUUUGAAUAUGGUCUUGGGUCUAUCUCUUUAUGCUGGUAUUUUAAGUCCUACUACCUUCCGAGCACCGCGACUCUACCUCUUCGUACUUGAUCCUUCCCAGUACAACCACGACUUAAGUAUUGAGUUGAGUGAGAGGUGUAGUGGUGAAGUAAGUGGUACGUGUAGUAGUGAAGUAAAUGGUGAUAUUGAAUUGGAGGUUAAUCGGCUAGUGGAGUCAUACUACGGUCAAGAGAAGGCUGCCCACGUUAAAAAUGUGCUAGUGAACGGAAAGGGCUUGAAGUACUAUCCAACUGAACGGCCCCAGGCUUUGCCAAAAGAGGUAGUAUCUGGUAUCUACCAGACCAUUCGUAGUACCGAGACUCUGGUGCUUUCUGAUAGUUUAGAUGGCGUGCUUCUACAGAGUAAUGAACCGGAACACUCAUUGGCCAUUCCAGAUAGUUUAGAGCCUUCUUCAACUUCGUCUAGUUCUUACUUGCCUACCCAGAUGGCCACUGUUACUUUCUACAACGAGGAACAAGAGAAAACUUUCCGUGCCGAACAGAUGUACAUUGAAAGUCUGAAGAAAACAGCCCAGUCCUUGCACGAAGGCAAGCAUUUGCACCCGCCAAUUAGUCUAGUAACGGCCAAACCCGAUAAGAAGAAGAAAGAAACCAAAGAAAAGAUCAGCAAGAAACAGCAAGAAAUCAUUGAUCGCAACAAUCUCCAGAAAGAACAAGAGGCUAAAAAGAAGGACAUUGCUUUCUUAAAGAGCUUUUUAGCCAAGUAUCAGGCGUUUGCUACGGUUUAUGAGAAAAGAAGGCAUUUAGAGUCUUUUGUCCCUCGGAUUCACUCACCGUUUAUCUGCUUAAAGGUCUUACUCUUGCGUUUAGAGUUCUAUUUGGACUUAUGGGCCCUUGAGAAGCGCAAAAAACGGCCUAACGAGAAGGACUUGGUCUCUAUUUACAUGGACGCACUGACUUUCGUGGAAAAGUACCAGAAUUUGGCAUCACUAACGGAAUUAGAGUAUGUACUGCAGACUUUGUUGGACUUAGGCUUUGCCGCCACGGUUUUAGAGGUGUGCCAGAAGUAUCAGAUUAGUUAUACGAACAAGCGCGAUCCAAACAGUCAGAUGCUAUUUGCUAAGCGAACCCCGGUUAGUCUUUCAUUUGACCCGGAGGCAACCAGUGCGCCUAAUGACUUUGAUAUUUCCUUUUUAAUGCGAUCGGCCGGAGAUAAGCUCAAAAGAUCUUUGAACUCGCGGCCGGACCAUAGACUUCUCUUUGAGCCGGAUGAGUGGCAAGUAAAGCUGCUACAAAUCGUGGAUGCCGAUGAAUCCGCCGUGAUCUGUGCCCCUACCUCAACCGGAAAGACUUUCAUUUGCUACUACGCCAUGGAAAGAAUCUUAAGAGAAAGCAAUGAUGAUGUAGUGAUUUUCGUGGCACCAACGAAGGCUCUGGUCAACCAGGUAGCAGCCGAUGUUUAUGCCCGAUUCGGAUCUAAGCCUUAUAUUAAGCAGAACAAUAUCUUGCAGGGUAUUUGCAUGGGAGAUUUCCAGAUCUCGCCUUUUAACUGCCAGGUCCUGAUUACCGUCCCAGAAGUGCUAGAGAAGAUUCUGACUAUGCCGCCCGAAACGAAAAAGAAGGAAAGACCAUACCUAGAAAGACUUCGGUACAUUAUUAUUGAUGAAGUUCACAAGAUCAGCGACAGCAAGAUGGGAGCUAGUUUAGAAAAGAUCAUUCACUUUAGUCCUUGUCCUAUUCUAUUGCUUAGUGCGACUUUAGGUAAUCUCAAGGAGUUCCACCGCUGGGUGCAAUCGAUUGAGGCGCAAAAAGGCCGCGAGUGCUUCUUAGUGCAGCAUAAGGAACGAUACUGUGAAAUCAAAAACUAUGUCUUUGUGCCUAAGAAGAUAGAGAAGCUAACAACCUGCCAUAAGACCACGCGUGAACUUGGCGAACCCUCUUUAGCUCUUAUCCAUAGCUUGUUUGCCUACUCGUUCCGAAACAUCAAAGACGACGGAUUUAGUGAUGACGUGAACUUCCUUCCAGAAGAACUUCUCAAUCUCUACUACGCCAUCUUUGCCGUGCUGCGAAAAGACCAACGCCAUCUAGUCAAGAAGUUCAGGCCGCAACGCUUCUUCACAACCAACUGCAUUACCAAGAGUGACGUCAAGCAGUAUGAGUCGCACGUAAUUGAAACGUUCUGCAAUCUAGUCAAGGACGGCCUUCUCGAGCCGCCACAAGUCUCUAAAAUCUACGACAUUCUUAUCAGGGAGGCCAAAGAAGGCUUCCAAAAGAUUGAGGCCGAUCUAACCGCCAAGCUCCAGGCUUUCCAGAAGAAGCACCAUCUAGAGAAGCUUGCUGCCACCGCUAGCACCACUACCAGUCCCCUUGAAGAACAAGAAAAAGACCAACCCAGUCCAGAACAGCUAGCAGAUCUCCAGAACAUGCAAAUCUCUUCAUUUGUUUCACCAGACAUUAUGCUCUACAACCUUGACUAUCUUUUAGAUAACAUUCUUGACUUGGUUGUGGAAUUAGAGGCUAAAAACAUGCUGCCGUGCAUUAUCUUUAAUUUGGAGCGAGUGGUUUGUAAUGCACUGGCUAUUCGACUAGUUGAAGAGCUUGAUAAGCAUGAAAAGAUCGCUGAUCCUAUUCUAACAAAGAACGACCUCCGUGAGAAUGAGAAGAUCCUCAAAGAAAUGAAACGAGCUCGUGAUGCAGCCAUUGCCACUGGGAAAGAUUCCUGGAUUGGCGAGUCAAUGAUUGCGGAAGAGAUGUCCAGCCGGAAUGUUGAUCCUAACGCCAAAGACCCUCGUUUCUGCUUCACUGAUCCCUCAACCGUUUCUUCCGGGGCCUACGUUCUUGAUGAGUAUGCCAAAUCUCUUAAGAAAGCCGGCAAGAUAGACAGUCGAUUUAUUCAUGCGCUUUACCGUGGUAUUGGUAUCCACCAUACCGGAACACCCAAGAAGUACCGAAAUAUGGUCGAAAUCCUCUUCCGUAUGAAGCAAUUGCGUGUAAUCUUUGCCACCGAAACUCUAGCUCUUGGUAUCAACAUGCCAUGUAAGACCGCCGUCUUUGCCGGUGAUUCACUUUCUCUCGAUGCCAUGGGCUUUAAGCAAAUGGCCGGUCGAGCAGGUCGGCGAGGUUAUGAUACGCAAGGCAAUGUCGUCUUCUUUGGUAUUCCUAAACAGAAGAUUCAAAGCUUGAUUACUUCCUAUCUACCCAACAUCAAAGGAUCAUACCCCUACACCAACGCACUUUCUGUUCAGGCAGCUAGACCAACUACGCCCGCAGCAGUAGUUGAUAGUUUUGUUCAGUUCCCGCUCAUUUCCUUUGCCUAUCCAGCCAAGGCCUUUGCCGGCACGGAUACUGAGAGUGGACCGGAGUUCCGACAGAGACUACUUCUAGAACAAAAGAAGAACUUAAUUGCCCACUCUUUCUUAGCUCCAGAGGUUCUUACCGCGGAGACUAAGAAUCUAGCGCACAUAUCGGCUUUAGCCGAUGUUCCUAUCAGCAAUCUUUCUUACGAUGCUGAGUCCUUUGUGCUCAUGGGCUUAAUUAAGAAAGGUCUGUUGGACAAACUGUGUCUAGCUCCUUCUACCAUUGAAGUGCCUGCUAACUCGAAUGCUUUUAACCGGCCAGUUGAUAAGGACGAAAUUGCCAAGCGAAUUAUUCAUUUAUUAGCUAGUAUCUUUGAGAUCUAUCCAUUGCCCAAGGGCUCUGCUUUACGGCAGCUUGAACCCCUACCAGACUAUCUUGAUCAAGCUCUUCACCAAGCCCAUGAGGAGAGUCUUUCUUUAGCCAAGCGGUUCAUGUCCGAAACCGAAAAGGAUCUAUGCCGUGUUCUCCAAGACAAGUUCUCUCCCACCGUCGCCGCCUCUUCUUUCUUUGCUCUUCCGCACAUCCAUACGCCCAAGAGUGCCUAUAUUGUAGAGUACUUUGAGCAGGCCAAGGUCAGCAGUGUUCUCAAAAGCACGGGUAUGGGCGAAACUGCUCUGUGGCAACGCCUCAAACGCAUUGAAAACCUUCUUACUUCUCUCUCCGUCUAUUAUCACAAGUACCAACCAGACUCAGUCAGCGCAUCUCAUGUGGAGUAUACCGAAAAACUCUUCCGCGAGCGUUUCGCCAAGAUGCAUGCUUAA